CCGCUUUGCUUUUCUGGGACAUUUUGCACUACUGCAGGAGCAGUAAAAUCAGAGGUCGUGGGUCGAGUCACCCUUGCAAAGCAGGAGAGCGAAAAUCAUAGCUGUUGUGGAGAGGAGAUAGGAAAGAAGCAGUCUAACAGUCACCUUUACUUAGCCAACAGUCAUUUCUUUCCAGGAUUUUUUGAAAGGAAAUGGAAAUUAUUUUUUAACAGCCUUAAUGCACAGUGACAUGUUAUCAUCUCCAAAUCCUUUCAUGCGAAGAAAUCUCAGCCAAAAACUUUCUUCAAUUUCAGUUGAAAACCACAAUAUUCACAAGGUAACUCAAGCUGGUCUCAAUAAGAAUCCACCUGAUUAUUUUCGAUCUGGUAGCCGCGACAAUGUACGCAAAAUUGUUGAAAAAGAAGGAAAAACUGCAAGGAAUUUAAUUGUAUGGUCAGUUCCCCCAGAAAAUGAUGAAAAAACAAGUAAUAAAAGAAGGGGAAGAAAACCAAAACGGGACAAUUGGUAUGAAAAUAACACCCAGUUGCAACGGGGAAGACCCAAAUCAAAGAAACAGACUGGAAACUCUAUAGCAGGUAAAAGCAAAAAACAGGAAGGUGUAAUCAAGUCUGAUGUUAAAGUGGAAGCCAGUAUUCAAAAAGAAAAAAAUGGUGAAAGUAAGGAAAAUCGUGAGAGUAAAUCAGAAGAAUAUAAGGAAAGAAUAAGAGAAGCAAUAGAAAAAAGUUUCGAAGGUGAAAAUCCUAGCCAACGGCCAAUGUCAGCUGCAUCUGUGCAGUCUCAAAAAAGUUUACGUGCUCGUUAUUGGUCAUACUUAUUUGAUAAUUUUCAUCGUGCAGUUGACGAAAUUUAUGGCACAUGUGAAAAUGACGAAAGUAUCAUUGAAUGUAAGGAAGUUAUUAUGAUGCUGGAUGUGUGCAAACGGGAUUUUCAAGGAUUGAUACAUCGCUUAGAACUUUUUAAUCAAUUGGAGACGUCCAAAAUCAAGCCUCAAUCACUGGCUUGGGAAGUGCGAAAACAAAUGUCACCUGGAAAAUGUCCAAGCCCAACGAUGAGACGUAGCCCCAGCCCGGCAGCUGUAAAGUUUUUAAAUUUUGCAAAUUCUAAACCUGGAAAUUUCUCCUGGGCAGAUAGGGUAAGAGGUAUAGGUAAGGGUGUGUUAGAAAACAAUAUAAAGGAAAUCACUGUUGAAACAGCAACAGAUGAAAAACAAAAAACAAGCUUUCCUUCUCCUGUUUUCGAACACACAAAAGAAGAAGUGAUUGAUGAUAAUGAUGGUUGGGAGAUCGUAACAAAAGGAAGAAGCCGCUCAAAGGCAUCAAGUCAAAGCGCAUCGUCUACAUCCUCUCAAGGCUUUCUUAAAAACUUUAAUAAAAAUUUUGUCAAAUCUGAAAGUAAAGACCUGUGUCGUAAGGAACUUAACAAUUAUGGUAAUAAAAAUAAUGCAACUAAUAAACAAAACGUAGAACUAAACACAACCAAAUCAUCCUCAAAGACAUCGUCAACCUCCACUCUACUGGAAUAUGAAAAACUAGAUAUACCUCAAGAAGAUGUUUCAAAAUCACACGAUUCUCUGGCAGAUGCAACACUUGAUUUCUCUUAUGACUUCACUGAAGAUGAAAUUCAAAUUCAAAUUAAAGAAGAACAGGAAAAGGCAUUAGCAUCAGCAAUUGCAGAGGAGGAGACUCUAACAAAGGAGUUAGAACAAGAAGCCUUAAAAGACGAUGAGCAAGAUGACGAUAUUAGUAGUGAUCAAGAUUAUACCAAUACUGAUGAGGGACGGGAAACUCCAAGGGAUUUGUCAGAAGAGCUACCACUAGAUAGUUCACUUGAUGAACCUGAUCGUAUGUUAAGUUGGGAAGAAAUGUGUUCACAGUAUGAUAAAGAACAUGAGAGUGGGAUUGGAUUUAAUUGGGGUGAAAUGAUGGAGAUAACAGAAUCAGUUCGGAUGCCAGGACGCGCUUUAGAAAUGCACCAAAAGUUGUCAUCACCUUCUCGAAAAAAGUCUCGAUCAGAGUCUGUUAAGCGAUCAGAGGAGAAAAUGGCAAGAGCUGAGAGAAGAAGACUGCGGCUCCUAGUUGAAAAAUGCCAAAGGCUUCGGGAUUUAUCUGAGCGAGUUCAGAAUGUGCGUGAGCUGAAAAACAAAUUAAUACAAGACAAAGAGCGCACCAUGUUAGACCAAAUGCGAAGAGCAGAACUGAACAGAAGAAUUGUACUACAAGAAAAAAUCAAGAAGGCGCAAGAAGAAGAACUAAAGGUUAAUGAAAUCGCAUUCAUAAAUUCUUUGGAAGCACAAAAUAAAAAGAUUGAAGUGCAAGAAAAGCAUCAGGUUUCAGAAGCUAGAUUGCAGGAUCUUUUGGAGGAAAGACAGAGACGAAAAGAAGACAAACACGCUAAAGAAGAAGCUGUACAGGAACGUAGAAAUGCCCUUGAACAAGAAAGGUUAGCACGUCUCCAAGAAAUUAAACAAAAGCGAGGAGACCAGGCUGCAAAAUGGAUGAAGGAGAGAAUAGAGAGGGAGAAAGCACGAGAUGAAUUAGCAAAAGAAAGACAAAAAAAUAGAAAGAUGAGGGCUGCUGCACGAGAAGAGGCCAUCCAACAAGCAGCUGAGGAGCUGCAGAAGCGGAUUGAACAAAAGCAUAUUGAAUCAACUCGAAGACACGAACAACGUAUAGAAGAAGUAAAGGAAAAGUCAAGGGCUGCUAGUUCAUCGCGUCAUGCCACAGUUGAAGAUACUCCAAGCUCAGUUCCAUAUGAUAAGCUAAAAAAGUGUACCUUAUGUGAAGUAGAGAUAGCAUCAGAUGUUUACCUUGUCAGUCAUUUAAAAGGUAACAAACAUCGCAAUGCUGUGAAAGAAGUCAAUAAAAAGAUAACAGAAGCCGAAAUGGAUGCGUUUUCAUCCAAGUACAUCAAAGAGGCUGAACCUAACAACACAAAAAAAUUAAAAGAACAAAUUGAAAGAGCAAAAGCAAUGAAGAAAAGAGCAAAAAAGAUAAAAGCCAGAAUGGCAAGCAAAGGCAAAGAAUAUGAAGCCAAUAUCUUAUCAAAUAUGGUGGAAUCACCCAAGAAAGGAAAAUUUCAAAAAAGUAUCAAAGAGAUAAACAAAGUACUACAAUCUCAUUCAAAUGGACCGUGGCCUUCAAAUAAAGUUGCGUCAUUGGAUAAAGCUUUAAGUGAGAUCUGUAGAUCAUUAGAGGGACAUACCACCAAUGAUCAACGACUUUUCUGUCAACUUGGUGGACUAUCUGUGGUUUCGAGAGUGUUGUUGUUGUGGGAUACAUCACAUGUUGACAAAAAUAAAAAGAACUUGAUUGUGCCUUCUAAGAUUAUAAAACAUGCAGUUGAAGUAAUCCAAUUGGCUUGUACUGGUUGCACAGAGAAUUCUAGUUAUUUUCUUCUCAGCAAUAAAUUAGGAAUAUUGGUGGAUCUACUUGCAUUUAGACUUUUGCCUUUGGAGAAGUGCAAAUCUCAUGAAAACAAGGAAGAGGACACCAUUGAUGAGUGUGAAAAAAGUGUGACAGGAAUGGAAGUAGUUAAAACUCAGUUGCAGAUGCUGGAGCAAGAUGAUAAAUUGACUAUUGUUAUCAUGAACACGAUUUCUAUGAUUUUGCAAAGGUUUUACCCAAAAUGGCCACAACAGAAAGAGAAAAAUGAUACUUCACAGGAAUGUAGUCAAAGAGUCUUAGACAUUGUCAGUUAUGUUGUCUGUAAUAACAUCGUGGAGAAGUUAAUCAACAUUUAUUAUCAUCUGCAAGGACCCUUGGAAGACUUAUCUUUAUCCUCUACUUUGCAAUCAAUUCUUCAAUUUUAUCAACCACUAGUGACCUGCGUAGCAAGGCUUGAUUUGGUAUUUAUGGAAAAGAAAGAGGACUUGUCAUUAAUCUCUCAAACAAUGAAAACAUCAGAAGCAUUUGGACUAGUUGCUCUCAUGUAUUCAUUGUUACAUCAGGGAAGUUCUACACGCAUCUCACCUAGUCCCCUUCCAUUGGCUGAUUCUACAAUGUUAACGUUAGUCUCAGCUCUAAAAGCUCUAAAUGCACUUGCUCUAUUGGAUCUUCAUGUUUUUCAAAGUACAGUUGUGUCCGAAGGAACAUCUUUACAAUACCGAUCUGUUGUUAGCUACUUGUUAAGAUAUACAUCAAACGAAAAGUGUGAUGAUCUGUUACAUGAAGUUAUAUUAAGCAUUGGUUACUUUACUUUGUUGAACAAUGAAAAUCAGAUGUUUCUACAAUUUGGACGCGCUCCUUCUCUCAUACAACAACUAUGUACAUUACCGUUCGGUUAUUUUAGUGAUCCCAAAUUAAAAUCAAUUCUUUUUCCUACAUUGAUAUCAUGUUGUUUUAAUAAUAAUGAAAACAAAAAGAUUGUUGCAUUGGAUGUUAAUCCCACAUUGCUUGCAUUAUAUAUCGAGGAGAAGAUGAAAGAGAAAAGCAAGCCUAUUGAAAGUAUGGAUCAGCACGCCUCCUUGGAUUUGCGAUUUCCUCGCUCAAUGUGGGAUGAAGUUCGAAAUUAUUUCAUGGAAGUGGAAAGCUAGCACAUGUGUUAUCUAGUUUUUAAAUUUGUUAUUCAUUUUGUGUUGAAUUGUAAAGAGUAUUUUAUUCUUGAAUUAUCUUGACUUGGAUAUUCAUAUCAUACUUCUUCGUUGACACGUUUUUGCAUCGCAGCUUAAAACUUGUCCCUAUUGGAAAUGCAAGUGGAAAAUAGUAUAAAGGUUCUGUUUUUGCAGAUUGUUAAAUGUUUCUUAAGUCCUAUCUAUUGCUGUUCUGGAAUGUUUCCAUUCCCCUGUUGUUGAAAAUUUACCAGUCUAUUAUUGUGUUGAGAUGACCUGUUGUUUACUAUGGACAAGAUUAUCUCUUUACGAUUCGAAAACUUAAAUAUUAUAAGAGAUGUUUUUUAUUAAUAUUAUUUAUUGUACAAUAUUGUUGUUAUUAUUAUUUGUAGAUAUAUUGUUUAUUGUAAUACUUUAUUAAGAUUUUUAUGUUAUCUUAAGAAAAUAUUAUAUAAAUAUGCAA